UCAUCGUUUGUAACGACGUCACCCGAUGCUGGUCCCAUUCGCACCGGACUCCAUGUCAGCCCCAAAACAUGGAUAAAUAAAAAAUUAAAAACAAUAAAAAAACAAAACCCCACGAUCAGCGAAAUUUGAACACGCAAUAUCAUCAUACUCAGUACUCACAAGUCACAACUGCUACUGAAUGAUGGAUCCCCGCGAAGACAUCAACAAACCGAUAGUACUCAUCACGGGGUGCUCCGAGGGAGGCAUAGGCCACGCGCUUGCACGCGCCUUCGCAGCCAACAAGUGCGCUGUCGUCGCCACCAGCAGGUCGCGCUCCACCAUGGCGGACCUUGAGCACGACACCCGCUUCUUCCUUCAGGAGCUCGACGUCAAGUCCGACGACAGCGUCCGCCGUGCUCUCGACGCCGUCAUUGCCCACUUCGGCCGUGUCGACGUUCUUGUCAACAAUGCCGGCGUUCAGUGUGUGGGCCCUCUUCCCGAGGUUCCUCUCUCUGCGAUUCAGAGCACCUACGAAACCAACGUCUUCGGUGCCUUGAGGAUGAUUCAGGCUGUUGUUCCUCAUAUGGCAAAGAGGAAACAGGGUAAGAUUGUGAAUGUUGGAAGCGUUACGGCUAUGGCAUCUGGACCUUGGUCUGGCGCAUAUACUUCGUCCAAAGCUGCCCUUCAUUCUUUGACAGAUACCCUAAGAUUGGAACUUAGCCAUUUUGGAAUUGAUGUUGUCAAUGUUGUCCCUGGAGCUAUCAAGUCAAAUAUUGGAAAUUCUGCCAUAGCUAGCUACGACCACAUGCCUGAGUGGGACUUAUUCAAGCCUUUUGAAGCCGCAAUUCGAGAUAGAGCUUAUUUUUCUCAGAAAACAAAGUCAACCCCCAAUGAUGAGUUUGCGAAACACACCGUGGCCGCUAUCCUGAAGAAGAAGCCACCAGCGUGGUUCUCCUACGGCCAUUACUCUACCGCAAUGGCCAUCAUGUACCAUUUGCCGCUGUGUGUUAGGGACUUUAUUUUGAAGAAAGCGAUGAAAUGCUGAACUCAAAGUUUGAUCUAUAGUUCUAUACAUCUUCUACGUUUAUAUUAGAUAACUUGUAUUCAAUCCCAAACUUUUUUAAAUUGUAGAGAAUAAAUGAAUAAUACUUCAAUUUAUAUUUUCUUGA